AUGUCUUUCUACGGGGGUAAUCGGUCUGCUGGAAGUUUGAGCGGUUCGAAAGUGAUGAAUGCCGAGAAAGACCUGGCAAACGACAUCGUUAUCCAAAACCCUGCAGAGGACUCAAUCUCAGACAUUGCGUUCUCUCCGCAGCAAGAUUUCAUGUUCAGUGUGAGCUCUUGGGACAAAAAAGUGCGUGUAUGGGACGUUAAUGGCGGAGCACCACAGUGCAGGGCAGAAUAUCAGCACCAAGCUCCUGUUCUUACGACCAGAUGGUCAGAAGACGGCACCAAGAUUGCGUCUGGAGGGUGUGACAACGCUGUAACUGUGUUUGACGUUGCCACGGGGCAGUCGCAGCAAGUAGGAGCGCACGAUUCGGCCGUAAAAUGCCUUCGAUUUGUCAAAUGCGGACCUGCCAACACAGAGUGCUUGGUAACCGGCUCGUGGGACAAAACCGUCCGGUACUGGGAUACGCGUCAGCCCCAGCCGAUUUCUACGCUCACAAUGCCCGAGAGAGUGUACUGCAUGGACUCGAGCCAAAAACUGCUCGUUGUGGGCACAGCAGAACGUCACAUCGCUAUUGUUGAUCUCAAUAAUCCAAGUGCCAUUUUCAAGACCACCAUGUCGCCGCUAAAAUGGCAAACCAGGUCUGUUGCGUGCUACAUAGAGGGCAAUGGGUUUGCCGUGGGGUCUAUCGAAGGCCGUUGUGCCAUCCAGUACGUGGACGAGCAAGAACAGCGUAAAUCUGGAUUCUCGUUCAAAUGCCACAGAGUCCAACAACAGGCUACGGGCACUGCUGGCGGCCGCUCCACAACAGAGUCACAAGUAUACCCUGUUAACAGCAUUGUCUUCCAUCCGGUUUACGGCACUUUUGCUACGGCUGGCAGCGACGGAACAUUCCACUUUUGGGACAAGAACCAGCGACACCGUCUCAAGGGCUUCCCGUCGUUACAGGCGUCCAUCCCCGUAUGCAAUUUCAAUCGCAACGGGUCAGUCUUCGCAUAUGCGCUCAGCUACGACUGGCAUCAAGGCCACACGGGCAACCGACAGGACUACCCCAACGUCAUUCGUCUGCAUCCUACCACGGACGAGGAAGUUAAAGAGAAAAAAAAGUGA